CCCUGCUGUCAUCAAACCUAUAGCCAAAUCGAAAGUAACUUUGAGAGUUCUGGACUGGGAAUGGAAUCUACGUUUGUAGUUUAUUACUACUGAUGAGACAGUUUAUAAAGUCGGAUCCAUGAACUGUAGGAAACAACCAGAAACCGAGGAAAAAUAAAAAUGGAAAAGUCCAUUACCAGCAAGUGCAAGAAACCAAUUGUAGUAGCCAUUGACUUUGGCACUACUUUUUCUGGAUACGCAUUUUCCUUCAGCCAAAACUGGGGCAAGGUUUAUACAAACCACUGGCAAGGAGGCUCUUUGAUUUCCCAUAAAGCACCAACUGUGCUUUUGUUGGAUAGCAAAGCCGAAUUUGUCAGCUUCGGGUACGAGGCAGAAGACAAGUAUGCGACUCUGGCAGAGUCUGGAGCUCAUAAGGAUUAUUACCUGUUUCAGAGGUUCAAAAUGAUCUUACAUCAAGAUGAGGCGCUACACAGGAAAAUCAAGUGCAAAGAUUUGAGCGGAAAAAUGCUGGAAGCAAUAAAAGUGUUUUCCUACUCCAUAAGGUUUCUAAAAGAUCACCUAAUGGAAGAGAUAAAGAAGUGUAUGAUCAUCCAGGAAGCGGAAGGAGAAGUUGACUUGGAAUACGUGUUAACAGUACCAGCAAUAUGGGGAGACAAGGCCAAAAUGUUUAUGAGGGAAGCAGCUGUUGGUGCUGGAAUUAAGAAAGAAGACUUAAUCAUAGCAUUGGAGCCAGAGGCUGCAUCUAUAUAUUGUCAACACCUGCAGUUUGAGAAUGAGGAGCAAGAUUUAUCUGCAACAGCAAUGGGUGUAGUCAAACCUGGAACGAAAUACAUGGUGGUGGAUCUAGGAGGGGGAACAGCAGAUAUUACAAUCCAUAAAAAGGCAGAGGAUAAUACGUUGGAAGAACUACUGCCCGCUAGUGGGGGGCCGUGGGGAGGAAAGUCUGUGGACGACGCCUUCAUGAAAUUUCUCCGUGAUCUUGCUGGAGACAAAACUAUGGAUAUGUUAAAAGAGAAGAGCAUGGAAGACUAUGUAGAAAUUUGCAGAACGUUUGAAACUAAGAAAAGAACUAUUUUACCUGACAAAAACAGUCCAGUUACAAUGACUAUUCCACAGACAUACUUUGAAUUUAGUAAGGAGUGUCAUAAAGUGAAAGAUUUCAAAGAAAUAGUAGAAAAAUGCUCAGCUUGUGAGGGAAAAGUAAAGUCAUUAAAAGGAAAACUCAAGUGGGAAAAUGAACUUUUUGCUCUGUUUUAUAAAAAGACUAUAAACAAUAUCAUCAAACACAUGGAUGAUUUGUUUCAGGAAAAACAAGCUCAAGAUGUAAAAAUAAUCUUAAUGGUCGGUGGUUUCUCAGAAUGUGCACUCGUACAGAAGGCAGUCAAAGAACACUUCACACAAAAAAAAGUUAUAAUUCCAGAGGAGGCUGGACUAGCUGUACUUAAAGGCGCUGUUUAUUUUGGACACGUCCCCCAGGCAAUUUCAAGAAGAUCAGCAAGGCAUACGUACGGCAUACAAACCUGGCCGCCAUUUGAAAAAGGCAUCCACCCAGAAAGCAAGAAAAUUGUCAUGAACGGAAAGGAUAGAUGCAAGGAUGUGUUUUUUAAGUAUGUCCAGAAAGGCGAAAGUAUCUACCCUGGUUUCAAAAAAUCGCAAAUAUUUAACACCUUGGGAGUAGCCAAAGAUGUUUUGGAAUGCGCCGUGUUCAUUUCCGAAGAUCCAAAUCCUAUGUUUAUUGAUGAGCGUGGCUGUAGAAAACUUGGGAUUUUGAAAAUUCCUCUUAAUAAAGGAAAUAAAACGUCGCGGGGUGAAAUGGAAGAAACCAUGAUUUUUGGAGAGACAGAGCUGAGAGUGAGAGCAGAAGAUCUCUUUACGGGUAAUGUGCAGGAGGUCACAUUUGAUUUACUGCAGGAAUGAAUGUAACAUAGUAUAGAGUUUUAAGUAUUUUUUUACUCCAUCCUUUGAAAAAAACUACAAUAUGUAAGUUUUCCUGUUUAUCUUCCCUUUUGUAUGAAAGCUUGUCUUGUCUGGCUAGUUUUUGCAAUUUGAUAUUUAGUUUGUUAAUCAAUUUCAAAAUAGUUUGACUUUGCUGCCAAACGCUUGCUUCCUGAUGGAAAUCUAGCCAUAAGAUGUAUAUUUCUAGUUUAUUCAACCGUAAAUAUUUAAACCACUUACAGCUGCAUGUAUUUGGGCAACGUUUUUUUAUGACGUUUGUUUGAUCAUUGAUAUCUGUAACAUUUAAUUGGUUGAAAUGAUAUGUCCUUUAAAUACCCUUUGUUUUCCUCAAAGAUAGUAUGCCUUUCUUAAGAUCAACACACAAACCUAAAGUGAUGGAUUUAAAUUUCAUAUCUUUAUGUGCAAGUUGUCGAAUUGGACUUUUUUUUUUACAAGAAUGUACAUCAUCAUGAGAGCUGUAUAUAUGUACGUGCUCUGUUGUUGUUAAUUAAUUACAAUGUAUUGAUCUUGGUUGAACCAGAACAAUACUAUUCAUCACCCCUUUAAUGGUCGAUCGUUUUUGGUGGAUGUGCUACAUUGUCUGGUUUUAAGUAGUUCUGAUAAAAACGUAAAGUUAUAGCAACGUAAUACAUAAACUCUUCUUCUUCAACUGAAUGUUUACUUUUAUUAAUAUCAUGCGAACCUUCACAAGUUUCUGAAAAUUCGGUUUAUUCAGUUUAAAACUGUAUUUUUGUUGUUGUUGAAACCCAAUCGUAAUAAAUUGCUCAAAUAACAGUAUUAAACAGAUAUACAAUGCUAAUAGCAAAUCUUGAAUAAUUUUGUAUUCUUUGAGGGUUUUUUUUAGCAAUAAAUCAUAUCAUUGAGUUGAUCCAUGGAAUAACUUUAUCAUUGAAGUUAAAUUUCUAACAUUGUAUAGUAGGAUUAGAACCAUUUAAAAAAAGAGCUUGGACUUUUAGGUACAUGUAGUUGUGUCGAACAAGCUAAGUGACGUUGGCCUGUCUAUAUCACUGAUGGCCUUUCAGCAGUGGCUCUUUGAAAUCAACAAGAUUUGCCUGAACUUAGAGCCCAGAUUACGCAAUCUGUGUAUGUUUCACUACAUACCAGCGUCAUUUAUAACUUGUUUUGAUGCAAAGUACUGUUGAAAGUCCAAGAUUUGUUAAAGUGGUUCUAUUUACCACGUAUUCGCUUAUCUUUGAAACUUUGAAUUUACCAAAUCCAUAAAAAAUGAUACACACAGUAAUUAUGCUGUAUAUACGUCCUUCGUUUAAGAAACUCGUUUAUAACUGAAUAAAAUCAUAUACAUGUACAUGUAAUUUAUUUACUAAUUCCUCAAAAACACUCAAAUAACAUAUGAACAUAUUUUAAAAUUACAUAAAUGAACGUUAUACUGUGAUAUGAAUUUGUAAAUAUGAAAGUUUGUGUAUGCCUGUGUUGUUGUAAUAAUUGAUAUUCAUGUAUUGAAUAUUACAAUAAAACAUACUCAAAAUAUUUGAUUGUGAAAGGAAAUAAUUAUUCUAUUUCAUUAGUAUAGUUGACAUAUAUUCAGAAUAUAUGUAUAGGGAUGUUUA